GUGAUCGUUUCGCCGUCAAGGGUGAAAUUUGGUCUCGAGGCGAGGAUUCUGGAGGUGGGCUUCUUCAUUGCAAAGGGGGGUGUAACGCCGGGAUUUAUGGUAAUGGUGGUAAGAAAUGAUGGUUAUCGCAGGCAAGCGAAGCGCCACAGAAUGUUGUGGAUGGAGGAGUGAUGAUAUUCCUGCGUGGCAUGUUGGAAUAUUCCCUCGCUCGGAAGUUUUCGUGCUGCGGAAAUUGGUUCCAGUUGUGUUUCGGAGGUAAACUGAGGCAAGGGAGAUUUGGGAGAGGAAUUGGCUCGAGCCGUCGAGGGCGAGUUGGAGAGGAUGCGAGAUUUGCAGCAAUGGUUUGGAGCUCCUCGCGCGUUUGUCCGAGGGACGUCGGCUCACUGCGGUGGUGUUCUACAAAUGUGUCUGCGUUCUAAUUGACAUGGAUCGUAAAGCGUACCGGCGAGAACUGUAUCUCAUCGCGUCCUUGUUCGAUACACCUGUUUCAGCUUCGCCCGGCUUAGCAAGUGGUUUGAUCGAUAAGUUUCUGUUUGUAGCCUUCAUUUAAUGUCUGUUAUGCGACAGACAUUCAUGCGACAGUGGACAGCGCAGAAUGUCUCAUAUCAGACAUUAACAUUUGUCUCUUUCACAUUCAUGUCUUGCGGUCGUCACUGCAGCUCCGAUUGCCGUCUUCUUGUGGAUUCUGAUGAGGUAGUGGUCCUGCAGGAAGCGAUCGGAUAGCUGUUUGUGGUCUAUACACCUUAUGAUCCCCAUUCGGUUACGAUGGAAUCAGUUGGGGCUGUACAAGAUACUAAUGUGCGGCACAAAGCUGAUAUUGUGGCAGCUGCUGACGGCAUUGAGGAAGUUGCCCUUUCGGAGUGGAAAUUGAAGGGAUAAACACGCGAGUUUAACCUACAAUCAGUUCAAACGCAAAGUCUGGUGUAGGUUUGGAAAGAAGAUCGACUGAAGCCGUGCAACGCAGCAUGGUGGAGGAUGGUGGAGCGAUUCAAACAGGCGACAUCACUGUCCAACUGAUGGUCCAACCUCAUGAAUGCACGUGCGAAGUCGCUCACGAAGCAGUAGACAAGGAUGCUGUGGUACGAAUGGGCUCUUUGCAGGUUGCCUUGGACGGUGUUUUUGAGCAUUUUUCUGAUGGUGGUUCUAAGGCUAAGUUCAUCUGUAAACCUAAUCAGGGCAGCAAAUCGUGGAGUCAGCAGAGGGCAAGGAAGCAGAGAUUGGCGGGGUCUGGUGUGAGGGUGCCGAAAAUUCGAUCGUCAUAUUCGCAUCAUGUGAAGCCUCAGGACAACGUUGCGGAUCAACGAAGCCAUGAUGACAAUGAGAAUAGAUGUAGCACCAAUAGACUGUCAAAGAAGAGGACACCAGCAGCGAUAUUAGUCUACGACGACGGUGAUUCUUCCACAACGAAAAGGCAAUCCCCGAGAGGUGAUGAUGUAACUCCUUGUCGUCGUCUGGCCUUCACCCCUAUUCCGCCAUCUGAGCUCAACAUACGAAUGGGCUCUACACUAAAUUCAACACCUGACAAACACAUGAUUGCCAAAUCUGUGGGUUUCGCCAACAAUUUCCCACCGAUGCAGGUGGUCCCCACUAUAUCAGAUACAGAAGAAGGUUUGCAAACUCCAAUUAUAUCGCUCCAGCAGACUGAAUACGUAACUCCUCAAGUUUUAAGGUUUGAAAGUGAAACUGCAUGGAAGGAUGCUGAAAAUACUCCUUCGGAUUCAGUACAUGCCUGUUCCGAUGAAGAAAAUACUAUCGAGAGUGCCCUACAAAAGCUAUCCGCGGAGAUUUACGGUGACGAUGAUUCGAAUGAGUAUCAUGAUUCAGAUAAGGAGAACAUUCCAUCGCAUGAGAUUCUCCUGCCCGGAGUUGGUUCUAUGACCUUGAAAUUGCCGCGAGGGUUCAAUAUGGUCGGAAAUUGCUCUAGGGAGCCCCUUCAGACACUAUACAGUGCACCAUCUACUUCGAUGCAUCAGAGCUGUGAUGUUUUUAAUACUCCUACUGCAUCUCAACAACUGCUUCGGGUGAGGCUCCAAGUGGAGGCAGGACGUCAAUGGCACAUGGUCAUAGACACGGACUGUCUUUUGAAUGUAGAGUCCCUCGAGUCUCUCAAGCGACUUGAAGGCAUUCUCGAGACUCGUCUUGUCAUCCCAAACAUCGUUGUAAGGGAGCUUGAUAACUUGCAGAAAAAAGAAGACUGGAGGCCUCGUGCGUCUUUUGCGCUUCAAUGGAUUGAAUCUUGCAUGUUGAAGUCGCCCUCUUGGAUUCACGUUCAAAGCCCUGGAGAAACUGUGCAUGUGGCGAUGACACCUCCUGUGUCGCCCUCCAUCUAUUCCAGAGGUCUUCAUUCGUACGUUGGUGAAAGUGACCUUAUGCAUCCUACUCUUCAUGAUCAUGUCCUGGAAUGUGCGCUCUUCCAAAAAAGAAAGCCAGAUGUCCGAGUCGCUAUCUUAACUGAUGACAUUGCCCUCAAAAUCAAGGCUUUAGCUGAGGACAUUGUGGUUGACACUGCAAUAAACCUCAGCGACAGUUUGCUGAAUCCCUAUUCCAAUCGCUUCGUUUAUGCUGGGAGCACACCUGUUCUGCGAACAGCUUGCCGUCCUCAUGUGAAGUUGUAUGAUAGAGAAAGCAAACUUGAAUCGACCCUUUGCAGCUCAAUAUUGCUUGCUUCCGCUGUUCAUCCCAAGUCGAGGCACGGCACCCCUCGACCCACCUCGAGAGCCAAUUUUUUCAUCUGGCAUAAAAGCCGACCGCUUGGUCUGCAGGCUCUUCUAGCGUAACUCAGUUUCGUAGAAAAACUCAAGCGUCCAUCUUUUUGUGUGCGAAUCAUAGAGAUCUGACAAAUCGCCCAAGCUAUCUAGUCCAAUGAAAGGAUGUAGUUUGAUGCCAUAAUUUCUAGAACUUCGUCAGCUAGUGUGUGUUGUUAACUUUUGGAGGUCAAUAGGUUUAUUGACGACAAGUUCAGUGUACAUGUAAAUUUACGAAGUGUAAUCGCCUCUUCAGAGUUUAUAGAUUCUAAGCUUCAGUUUAUUUUAUUU